AGCUGUCAGUGAGGACUACAUCUCCCAGCAGGCUGUUCGGCUGAUCCAUGUGGCUCCGAGCAGCAGCAGCAGCAACAUGUCUGUGUUUAUGGAUCUAAACUUGAACUACUCGGCGGAUCAGAGCCGCAUGAGGAGUCUGAUAGAGACCGCAGCUCACCUCGGUUUCUCCACCGUCGCCAUCAACUACGUGUUUGAACCCACGAACAAGAAGAAACAGGAGGUCCCGGCCCCGGUGGCGCUCGGCGAGCUGAUGGCGGUGUUGCCCACCGUACAGGGUCGCUCUCGUCCAAUCAAAGUGCUGAACAGACUCACCAUCGUGAUGUCAGACUCCAGCCACUUUAGGCCUAAUGCCGUGGAGUAUCGUUGUUUCGACCUCCUCGCCAUCCAGCCGACCACAGAGAAACUCUUCCAUGCAGCCUGUAUGAUGUACGAUGUUGACAUCAUCUGUAUAUCAGUGACAGAAAAACUUCCGUUCUUCUUCAAGAGAGCUCCAGUCAACGGCGCCAUAGAGAGAGGCGUGGUGUUUGAGGUGUCGUACUCGGCCGCCAUCAGAGACGCCACCAGGAGGCGCUACACCAUCGCCAACGCCAUCUCUCUGAUGGAGACGUGCAAAGGGAAGAGUGUGAUCCUGUCGAGUGCAGCGGAGACGGCUCUGGAGCUCAGAGGACCCUAUGACAUCACCAACCUUGGUUUGUUGUUCGGUUUGUCAGACGGAGACGCUAAAGAAGCGGUUUCCUGCACCUGUCGAGCAGCUGUUUUACACGCAGAAACCAGGAAGACGGCCAGUGGGAUCAUCUCCACCAUAAAGAGUGAGUCGCUCUGCCAGCAGGAAGCUCCAGCUGCAGAGUGUGAAUCUCCUGCAGCAAAGAGAGCCAAGCCUCAGCUGACUGAAUGAUUGACAGCUGAGGGGGCGGGGCCUGUGAUCCUGAUCCUUUAUAUAUAUAUAUACAUAUAUUCUUUUUUUUUACAAAGUUCUGAUCAAUAGACGAUCGAUAGAUAAUUAGUUAAUUAAUCAGUAAUGGAAACAUCGUCUGAAGUGUUUUUGUUGUUUGUGUGAAUAAAGUUUCUGAAACUUU